AUGAACAUCGUAGCUCUCUCACCCGUGGCCCCUGAGCCACCGUCCCCCAUGGUCACCUCCACCACACCCGUCACCCCGACCCUGGACCCUGACAGCUCCACCUGCCCUGCCGCUGUCACCACCGCCCCUCUCAGCCUGGAUCCAGACCAUCAGUCCCAGGAUGGGGUCUGCUCGCCGGGCCCCGGCCCCAGCCGAGGCAUGCUUACUGGAGGAGGACCUCACCUGGGUCGAGACCCCUCCAGGAGGUCAAAGAAACCUCCUCCCCUCCACACUGGAGCCGACUGGAAGGUCGUCCUCCACCUGCCAGAGAUCGAGACGUGGCUGAGAGCGACCAGUGACAGAGUCACACAGCUCACACACUCUGUGGGACAAGACGGCGACAACAGACACGUGGACGUCCACCUGGUGCAGCUCAAGGACAUCUGUGAGGACAUCUCAGACCAUGUGGAGCAGAUUCAUGCCCUGUUGGAGACAGAGUUCUCCCUGAAACUUCUGUCCUACUCUGUCAACAUCAUCGUUGACAUCAGGACGGUGCAGCUCCUCUGGCACCAGCUGAGAGUGUCGGUCCUGGUCCUGAAGGAACGUCUGCUGCAGGGUCUCCAGGACUCCAACGGAAACUACACCCGCCAGACUGACAUCCUGCAGGCCUUCAGCCAGGACCAGCACCAGACUCGUCUGGACGCUCUGACAGAGGUGGACGACUGCGGUCAGCUGACCAUUCGCUGCAGUCAGGACUACUUCUCUUUGGACUGUGGUAUCACCGCCUUCGAGUUGAGUGACUACAGCCCAGGUGACGAGCCCGAGGCCCGGGCAACGGAGCCAGACGUCCAGGACCCUUCAGAGGAACAAGAGCUAGAUCGAGCCCAAGGUCCAAACCCACAACUGGUGUCAGCAGAGAGUGAGGGACCCUGCCUCCAAAACCACGAACUCCAUAACAGUUUACCUGAACUCACCACGCCCGGUGACUUAACAAACCACAGCCAUUCUCCGCCAGUGUUGCUCAGAAUGCAAUGUGGCGUGCCCAACCACAGUGAAAGUGCAAAGCGCCCCCUGCAGGGAGUGAGCCACAGCACUGAGGUGUCGCCCACGCAGCCAUCCCUCCCUAAGAGAGCCGCCCUGUUCUCAGACGGAGGAGCCAGGGUGGAGGACUCAAGGAGAGGUCUGGGCAAGGUUAACCCGCUCUCUGGGCUUCAGUUCCAGGCCGAGCUGAGUCGAAGCACCCCCUCUCUCAUGGAUCCUCCGGAUCGCUCCAAGUUCUGGUUAGAGCUGGACUCGGUUUACCCGGAAACUGUUUCACAGUCCUAUGAGAGCCUGCAGGUCACGAACGGGCGGAAUCUGCAGAGAAACCAUGUGAGCUCCAGACACGGUGGAAGCUCAGAGGGGUGCGUACAAAGACCGCUGACCGACCAGAGGAGCUCAUCGGCAGCCAGACCAACCGCCAACGCCCUCCUGCCUCUCCAGGGCUCGAUGUGUCAGGAUGAGAUAUCAAAACAAAUGGAGAGGACGCAGAAGGAGACACAUGCACACAGUGAGGGGGAUUCUGACUCCUCCUUGCCCUCACCCAUGAGGGAACAGCUCCUCUCCUCAGACCUGGAGGCAUCUGGAGAAGAGUCAGACCCCCGACCACCUCCCAGCAAGACGGCGGUCUGGAUUGUGAAGCGCCAGGGACAGAAGGGGGCCCAGCUCUCAUCAAAGGCCAGUCCAGACCGGGAGCACUGGUAUGGGUCAGAAGAGUUCCUGGCUCUCCCUGCUCAGCUCCGCAAGACUGAGAUGCUCGCUAUGAAGCUGGAAAGCCUGGCUCAGUCCAUCCCGCUGGGACCUGGUGACUCCACCCAGGAGGCUCUGCAGGAUGUAGAUGACUGGGAUUUGACAGAGCUCAACCCAGACUGGGACGUGGCAGACAAUGUGAGCAGUGUAGGGGAGAGUGGGGACGACAUUCCUCUGCCGCCGCUGCUCCCUUACAGACGAAACCUGGUCAGCCGCUUUAGCCCCACUUCCUCCAGUGACAUAGCACCUUCAGUGGGUGAAAGCAUCGAGUCCGGCCCCUUAAGCGACCUGCAGUCUGAAGAGGACGAAGGACGGAGGUCUGCGGACUGCCACCUGCAGCUGACAGCACCUCUGGUGGACAGACGUGGAGGAGGGUCCCUAGUGCAACAGCUGCUGGAGGACAUUCAGAGUCAGGACAAAGACCCGGAUAUCUGGAAGAAGAUAGAGUGUUUCGUGCAGCAGUUGGACGGGUUCAUCUCGUGGCUGCAGGAGGCGCUGGACAGCACGGAGAACUGGACGCAGCCCAGACAGGAGCUGGACAGCCUCAGGGUGUACCUGGACACGCACCUGAGUUUCAAGCUAAACGUGGACAGUCACAGCGCUCUGAAGGAGAGCAUAAUGGAGGAGGGAAGAUCGCUGCUCACCGUCAUCACCUCCCACCAAUCAGGUCUAAAGGAUAUCCUCCAUAUGGUUUCCAGCCAAUGGGAUCAGCUACAGCGGCAGAUCCGGCGCCAACAUGGCUGGAUGCUCCGCGCCCUCCGCUGCAUCCAGGCCCGCCUCCUUUACACCGGCCAAUCGCACGAGCUCUUCACAGCCUCAGUGGACCUGUCAGCCUGUCGGCAGGCUCCGUGCCCCACAGACGGCCUCAAGGCUGAGCUGAUCUCCAGUCAGUGUGAAGCACAGCGAGCCGCUCUGGAGCAGAUGGCUGUCAAACUAAGCAGCCUACGCUACCCCUCACCCACCAGCAGGAGGCACUGCAGUCAGCUGGCCAGGAGCAACAGUCUGCAGGAGUUUGAGGCUGAGUAUCAGGAGCUCUGGGAUUGGCUGAUGGACAUGGACGCCAUGGUAACGGACAGUCACCAGCUGAUGAUGUCAGAGGAGCAGAGACAUCAUCUCUUCAAGAGCAGCCACGCUGAGCUGAUGAUGAUGGAGAGCAGGAAGACCAGCCUGCUGGGCCGAGCCGAGUCUCUGAAGAGGAGCGGCACUGAACUACCCGGCAACUUCCACAGCAAGAUACACAACCUGACACACACAUGGAAGCAGCUGGAGAAAAUCCUCUCAGAGCCUUCUGGACCUUCCCAGCAGAACCAGUCAGCCAACGUGAACUCUCUGCUGGUCGGUGGUCGGGGCGUCACCGUGGACAACCCUCGCUCUGCCCUCUCCCCGCUGACCAACUCGCUCCUGGAGCAGCUGGAGGCUCGUAUCAAAGAGCUGAAGGCAUGGCUGCGAGACACCGAGCUCCUCAUCUUCAACUCGUGUCUCAGACAGGACAAAGACGCCUCAGAGCAGCUGCAGAGCUUCAAGUCUCUGUGCUCAGAGGUGCGAGCACGACGCCGAGGAGUCUCCUCCGUCCUGAAGCUCUGCCAGAAGCUGCUGCAGCAGAGCCAGUCGGGCCCCAUGGCGGAGGUGGGCCCAGAGGCGGAGCAGCACCGGGAGGCCCUGCAGCUGCUGUCAAUCAACCUGGAGAGGAGGUGGGAGGCAAUCGUGAUGCAGGCGCUGCAGUGGCAGAACCGACUGAAGAGGGAGCUGGGAGAGCAGCAGGUUCCCGGGAAUUUUCUUGAACCAGGUCUCGUUGACCUCCACCAGAUAAGCCCAGUCCCGGUUGGUCCAGUGGCACCGGCGACAGAUGACUCCUGGGAAUGGGAUGAAACCGAUAUGACAAUCACAGAACCAGAGCCACAAGAAGUACCAGAACCCGACCUCACGCACAACCUCCCCACAGAAACAAGUCUGCCCUCGGACAAUGUUCUGUCCAAUGGGAAUCAGCCCGACAGGAUUCAAACCAGUAUUCCAGGCGGUCAGCGUCCUGAGAACGUGCCCAGCGUGACCUCCCAAGCUGCCCCGCCCAACAACAAUAACAUCUACCAGGUGUACAGCCUCCAUAAUGUCGAAUUAUACAGACAGCCUCAGUUUCCUCACAGCUCGUCCUCUGUUCGCAAAACCAAGUCAGGAAAACACAAACAGCAACUCCUGCUGAAGAGCCUGAGUAAGGACUCCUCUUUCUCCUCCAUCGAAUCCCUCCCAGACCUCCUGGGAGGACUGAUGUCAAACAGCCGAGGAGGAGACAGGAUGACUGGAUACCGGGACAGGGAGAGUGAAAGGGAGGGCGGCAGAGGAAGUGGCCAGUCGGCGAACAGUCGUCGGUCAGAGUGUGAGAGCGGGAUUGUUAGUGAUACAGGAGACACAGAGACGACGACAAACUCUGAAAUCCAGGGACAGGAAGAGGACCUGGGGGAAGAGGAGGAGGAGCAGGAAAACGGGCAGAGGAAGGAUGAAACUGAUCUGAGUCUGCACAAAAACAAUAUCCAUAAGUACAGUCGAAGAAUCAAGACGGACGAUAACAAGAAGGAGAAAGGAUGGAGGAGGGAUGAAAACAGAAGAAACAGAGAGGAGGAGAAAAGGAGGAGACACAGGAGGGGAGGAGGUGAGGCGGUCGAGAUCCUAAUCAAUGGGCGUGGGAUCCUGACGCCCGCGGACUCUGACUCUGACUUUGAGGUCGGAGGACUCACUGUCGAUUCCUCCAAGCCCUUCAUGUCCCGCAGUGACAUCACAGAGUUCAAAGCUGACCAGUUCAAUGGUUUGGAGACUCCUCCCGCUCUCAGCCGCCGGGCCUCAAGUCCAGUUUUAUCUCAGGGCUCCUCUCUGGAGUCUCUGCUGGCUCUGGGUGUGGAGUUAUUUCCCUCCAAAGACCCGCUGCAUCGCAGGGCCUCUCUGGAGAGCUGCGUGGCCCCGUGUCGCAGCGCUGAAGGGGAGACCGGAGGCAGCUUGUCCAGCCUCGGGGAGUUGGACCUGGGGCAGAGCAGAGAGGUGGAUGGAGGUGAACCAGGAAAGAAGAACACUGAAAAUGCGCAGGGAGAACCAUCCUCUGGGGAACUGAGCCGAAGAACCCUCGAUCUCCUGAAACGCCUGGAGAACAUUCAGAGUCCUGUGGCGGCGAAGAUGACCCGCAGUGUCUCUGACAUGACGCUUCGGAGCAUCUCCCCACAGCGGAGCCGGCUCCCUGCCUCGCCUUCUCUAGGCGGACGACUCACGCCCCUCUCUGGGAUUUCAGGCUCGUCACGGAAAGGACCGCCAUCCCUGAUCAAUGAGAGCUCAGCAACAGCAUCGCUAACAGAGCUGAGCAGCACCGAGGACUCCUCUCUGGGCUCUGAAGAUUUCACCGCGCUCAGAAAUCACCGGCACCUCUUCCUGGAUCCCGCCACGGCAGCAGUGGCCAACUCAGGCUCCUAUAGGAAACGUUGCCACGGAAACAGCCGAGGAGGGCAGGGCAUGGAUGAAGCAGAUGCAGCGAGCUUGAGCAUGGUGGUGAACGUGUCUUGUACAUCGGCAUGCACAGAUGAGGACGAGGACGACAGCGACCUCCUGUCUUCCUCCACGCUCACGCUCACCGAGGAGGAGCUUGGCAUACGGGACGGAGAGGAUGAAGAGGAGGAGAGGCUGAGCGGCGGCUCCUCAGGUAAUGACGACGAUGAGGAUGACGAUGAGGAGGAGAUGGAGGGCUCCUACGUGCUGGGGCUGGAGUACAUGAAGAGGGAGCUGCAGAGCUGGAUCCGAUCUCCUCGCACCUCCUCUUCCUUCACCUCUAAGACUGAGGCAGGCCUCCGGGACGAGCUGCAGUGCGGAACCCAGCCGUCCUCCACCAUCACCGCCUCUUCUCAGAGCAAGGAGCAGCACAGUUUUCUAAACCGCUCAGCUGCUAAAUUAAUAGAAACCAACACUAACAGUGGCAACAACAAAAGAGAUAAGAAAGAACAGGAGGAAGAGGAGGAGAACAGGAGGAACGCAACAAGAAGCUACAUCAGCCAGUUUGUAGACGACGUGGAGAACGGAAACGUGGACCAGAGCUGUUUAAAAGGGAAAGACGAAGAUGACGAGCUCCUCAGGGAGGAGUCGAGUGUGUUCACAAAGAAAGGAGAGUCCCUGAGGGAAGCGUACGUGUUCGCCAAAACAGGAGAGUCCGUUCGGGACGUCAGUGAUUUGAUAGUAAAAACAGAAUCAAACUCAGUGAAGCAGCUUUCUUCAUCACAGACCUGUGAACUCCUUCCACUUACGUCCAAACGGGCUUCCUCAUUGGUGGGACAGCUGCGGGGGGAGUUGCCCUGCCACAGCUCCUCCCUCCCCUCACCUCCUUCCCUCUCACCUGUUGAGGACUGCACAUCCCACGAUGCCUUGCACAACAGCAGACCGGCAGCCGGAGGAAGGAAGGCCCUCACCAUUCAGGAGAGGUUCAAAUUCUCAUCCUUUGUGACCGAGGAGACAAGGAGGGAGGUCCGAGACAAAGAAUCGUCGCUGCCUCCCAGAAAACGGCACAUUUCUCACUCAUCCUGCCACAACCACCUUCCCUCCCCGUCCUCCCUCCAUCCGUGUGGUGCAGACAAGGGCAAGAAAGAGAAUGUGCAUGACUUUGUAAUGGAGAUAAUUGACCUGACCUCACUGGCACUGAAGAGCAAAGAGAACCAGCCUGAAGAACCGAACGAGGCCGAGACCAGCGGGUCCAAUCCAGACCAGGGCCCUGCAUCACUAGCACAGAUCAGAGACAAGGUGCUCGAACACUCCCAUCGGCCUCUCCACCUUCGUAAGGGAGACUUCUACUCCUACCUGUCUCUCUCCUCCCAUGACAGCGACUGUGGCGAGGUCAGUCAGUGCUCUGAGGACAAGAGCUCCACUCCGGCGCCCUACAGCAUCCCGUCUUACAUCACACCAACACAAGGCCUGAGCAGCCCGAGCCCUGAGCUGUUUACAAGCACCAGACAGCAAAUAGCAGCCUCCAGCUCAGCCCAGUCCUCCAAACGCUCCUCUCCUAGCCUCGACUCCAAGAACAACCUCCGUGCUCUCGAUUUGAAGUCAGCGGACAGCCAAGCUAACCGUGCUGCUAACGGUGUCCACGCUGACGAGCUGACUAGCCCCUUGCUGUCCCUGCCCCCCAGCCCUGACAUCAGGGACGAGGAGACGCUGUUCGCAGCCUGCACGGAGCAGGUUUACCUGGGCCCACCUCUCUGCUACAGCAUGGUGCUCAGCAGGAAGCCGGGGAGGCACCUGCUGGAGGAGGAUCUGGAGUGUUUGUCUUCACUGGACCCUGGUCACAGACUCAACGCCAGUCUGACAUAUUUGCCUUGUUCAAAGCCAAAUGAUAAGGACUGUGUGAUGGACAGAAACCAGGAUCCCUCCAGUCUCACAGUGAUGACACAGGAAGCACAGAGCUCCUUCUCUCCUUUCCUGGAGCCUUGUUACGGCUCAUUUUCCACCUCCACGCCCUCGACGACCAUCGCCGCCUCCCUCCAGGGGCCCGGCUCCAAACCAAAAGACGACAGCCCUUCCUCCUUUCCUCCGCCUGUGUCCCCUGGCGCCAAGCAAGAGAAGCGAGGUGAGGACCCGUACCUCCUCUGUGAUGUCGCUGGAAGAGAAGUCGCGGUCGCUGCGAGUGUCACUACGCCGCAGGAGGAGAGGAGUCGUAAUGAGGGGCCUCCUUAUCUUAAUCCCUGGGCGCGUGUCGCCCCGAUAGACUCCUCCGCAGCCGAAUGUUUGGCAGAUACUAAAACGCUUGAAUCCAAUAUGGGCGCCGUAAUGACCAAGAUAAGUGUCUGCAGCUCCGCUACAAAUCCCUCAAAAGAGCCAGCCGCCACACGUAUUAAUCCCAAAAUUAACUGCUCGGUGAUGAGAGAGGCAGAUAGGGAGGAGGGGGAGCGGCGAGGAGAGGCGGAUACUUGGCGGGUGAGGCAGGAGGAGAAGGGGAGAAGAGGGCGGAGCGGCUCGCAGCAGGACGCAAAGACAGUGGCAGCAAAGCAGGUGAGCUCUCAGUCCGCUGUCAAUCAUACCACCAGAGCAGCUCAGGGGCGGAGCCAGGCCUCAGUGAGAUGCCCGACCUCAAGGACGGGGACAGUUAGAAGACUGCCUGUCCUGGGAGCUGGACCCUCCGGGAUCCAGCUGUAAGGGAGCUCUCUCCAUCUCCUCCCCGCUGAGCUGAUCUCUCUUCUGGGCUUCAUCUCUCCAGCUGCCUCCUCUCUGCUUCUGGAGCUGUUCACACCUCUGAUCUCUUCAGUCAAACUGAGAAGUCAUGCGGUCGUUUCCGAGUGACCUUCGUGUUUGUUUCUUAGUUGAGGUUGAUACGAUGCAUGUUGUGAUCAGAUCCAACAUUUUCACAGGGACUGCACACAGUCUGCUUUCAGGACUGAUUGAUUAUAAAGCAGCUUUUAGAGUUUGGCUGAACAUAUUUUUGUGGUAGUCCGAGGACAAUAUAUACAACUUACAUCAAAAUACAGUGUCAGCAUCAUUAAGUGGAAGAUUUUAAGAGUUAGGAAGAAAAUCAUGUAGUGAAAUUAUAUCCAACAAAUUAAAUGUGAUUAUCAAAGUAAAUAUUAGAAUUAAAAAUGGGACAAAAACACUUUGGUGAGUUUGCGGUCAGGUUGAGUUUCAGGUUGGCUGAGGAGGGAGAUGUCUCACCGAUGGCUCAGAUGAUCACAUCUGAAUGAAGGAAACACACAAUCAGCUUCAGCUUCACUUUAUGUUUUUAGCUUGUUUUUUUUUGUGUGUCUCAUUGUUUGGGCCACAUGACUCGUAAACAUAAAUAAGAUGCUAUGAGAACUGACUCGUGCCACCUGAACUGUUGGACUGUACCAAUACAUUAAGUCACAACAGACGGACAAAUACAGCCCAGGACUCAUUAGUCUGAGGAGGACGUGGAUGUGACUGAUUCACUCUGACUCCGUCUUCCUCUGUGUGUUUCCUUCCAUCAGCUGCUUUCUGUUGUUUACUGGAGGCUGGUUGCACAAAGACAUAUUAGACGGGUCUGACAGAGUAAGUCUGCUUCUGCUUUUGCUCUUUCAUCUAAUGUGAGUUUAACAAAGGUGGAAAGUCCAUUUUAAGCCACAAAGAAACGGACUCUCCAGACCAAUCACAGCUUGGUGGGCGGAUAAAGAAUGAGGAUGUUAUCAUGUUAUCAUCCAACGACCAGAAAAACAGCAACAGAAAAAGUUCAACUUAAACUUAAACCUGAAAUCUGAGAGUCUGUGCAUCGAAGUUUGUCUUUGAACAACCAGGAAGUUCUUCCCUUCUUCAUCCAUCUCUGUCAUUUUUCUGGAGCUACCUCACUAACUGCUCACUCUCACACCAGGCCAGUUUGGCCAGUUUGCAUGACUUCGUACUGGAUCUCACUUUUUGUGCUGCAGCUGUGAACACGCUGUUAUCUUCCAAACAUACUGUUAAACUAAAUGCUGCAGUGUUGUAGCACAAGUAGCACGUUACGUCCUAAAACUACAGACCUGGUCUGUGUCUACACAUGAUGUCAGUAUUCGUAUCAUAGUGCUGUGACUUGGUCCGGCAGUAGGUCGUUCACGGUCGUAGCAGUGGUAGAAAGUUGCCAUCCUGUUGUAUCAGCACCACACUGCAGCCUGUGAGUUACACACUACAUGUUGUACGGCUCAGUGUAAUGCAUCACACAACCAGCCUGUGUGAUCUGAAGACCAUUAUGAAGAAAUGUUUAAAGGGUUUGAAAGAACUUAGUGUUAACAGAGAAAAUUAGUCAUGAUUACCAGACGUAUUGUUUCUGAUGAGAGAAACAAAAGUUAGUGUUAAUGAAGGCGACAAAUACUAAAACAUGUUUAAACAACCCGCACUCGUAUCAGCACGAUCGUCUCUGUCGAACUCAGCUGUGACAUGAAGAGUCCAGUGAGUCGUGUUACAGAAGCUGAAACUGGACCAGCAGAGGACGGAGCUUUUUGGAGCGGACGCCCGAUUGGACGCCUUCAUGGUCGAUGCCUGAUCUUUAUUUUGUUUUACUUUGACUCUGGCUGUUUUUCACUCCUUCAUCUUACAGGAUGUUUCACGUUUUUUAAAGUCAGCAGCAUCACCAUUUUCUAACGUGUGUCCCUCAACAUUAAAGCAUUCAUGCUCGGUCCAGCUGGUUUUCACCACAGAAGUGAAACGUCUUGACGGAAAAGUCUUUGAAUUUUCCAACUUUAUGGGCAAACAGUGACUAUUGGAACAUUUAGGUUAGAGGGGGGAAAUAGUGGUAGUGCUUGGUGAAUCAUCCGUAGACCAUGUCCCUCCUUCGGGCCUUCAGGUAUCACGUUAGGCUGAGUCCUUCGAGGAAUGUAUCACCUUGAAAUGGGACACAAAUGCUUUUAGUGACCAGUCACCAUCAUGAGACCAGGACUGAUCCGGAACGUUGAUGAAUUGUUGGAUAAACGUGCUGCUGUGGUUUCUGGGAGAAGUCAGUGUGCUUUAGAUGGAAAUAAUAUCCAGACUCUCGGGGUCGUGUGCAGCUCCGUCUGAGCUGAGGGUUGAACCAGGUGUCCAAAAAUAAAUCAUAAGUAAAAACUAAAACGGUAUUUUAUCUAUGCAACACAACCAAAGUUGGCAAAAGCUGAAGUCGUGUCGUUGUGUAGGCAUUAAGGUUUGAUGACUGUUGACAAGGACGUGUGUUGUUGUUAAUAAUACUGCUGUGUGUACACCACUACUGUACCAUGUAUUCUUUUCUUUUUUAUUUUCUAGAAAACUCCUGAGAUGAUGAUUAGCAGUGACGCUGGGGUUUGGGAUUGGUGUUGGACAGGUGUGAGUGUGUGUGUGUUUGUGUGAGUGUGUGUGUGUAGGACAAAAUAGGGUUUGAAAUCUUUAAAAUAUAAUUGUGUGCCUUGCUCUACUGUUACUUCUUCUACCUUUUUUGUUAAUUAAAACCACUGCUUUCCCGGUUAGGUGAUGAAAACAUGCAACACAAAAAAAAUAAAAUAAAGAUGAGAAACAAAGAGUUUCAUGCAAGGUUCAUGUUGAGCUUGUGUACAUAUGUAAAGGUGUAAAACCUUGGUGUGCAGAGGGAGGAAUGCUUGGUGUUUGUGUUUAUUUAUGUAUGUGAUCUGUGAUGUGGAAUAUCUUUAUUAUUAAUAUUGGCCAUAAAGAGCUUGACUGCAUGGUUCCUGCUAAUUACAAUGUAAA